AUGGAGAAAAAAGUAGUCACGGCAAAUGGAUCGAUAAAUUUGCCAACAGAAAUUAGUUGGCAAGGGUCAAUGUCCGAAAACUGGAGAUUUUUCAAACAAAGGUAUGAAAUCUUUAUUAUUGCAUCUGGAAAUGAAGCAAAGGACGGAAAAACAAAAACAGCUUUGUUAUUAAACGCCAUAGGGGACAGGGCAAUAAAAUUAUAUAAUGGAUUUAAUUUUGAGAAACCGGAACAUCGAUUCGAGUUUGAAAAAGUAAUUGAAAAAUUCGAAGAACAUUUUAAUCCUGAAAGGAAUGAGAUUUACGAAAGAUAUAAAUUCUUUACCAGGAAUCAAAAUGAAGGAGAAUCGUAUGAGGACUAUUCAGUGACUCUGAGAGAUCUUUCGAGUACGUGUAACUUCGAUUUUUUAACAGAUAGCUUGAUAAGAGAUAGACUAGUGUGUGGAAUUUCUGACAAAACAGUAAAGGAUAGAUUGUUACGUACAAAAGAUUUGACCUUAGCUAAAGCCAUUGAUAUAUGUCGUACAUCGCAAGAAACACAAAGGCAAAUUGAGAAAAUUUGUUCUUCGACUAGUACUUCAAACAAUAUAGAUAAUUUAAACGAUGUAGACUAUAACAUACAAAAGAUUAAUAAAAAACCAAACACUGCAGAUAAUUCCGGAAAGAAUACGAAGAAAGACAGAUAUACAAAUUAUACACGUGAGUGUCAGAGAUGUGGCUAUAUUCAUCCAGUGAAGAGAUGUUUAGCCUUUGGCAAGCGUUGUGUUCGUUGCAAUGGCUACAAUCAUUUUGCAAAUAAAUGCAAAAAUCGUUUUGUUCAUAAUGUGGAAGAUAAUAAUGAUGAGAGAAGAUGUGAAAAUAUGGAGGAGAAUAUUAAGACUAUAUUUUUUGGAUCAGUUUUCAUAAAUUCUCUAAAGGAAGACACGAAGGAUUGGACAAUUGUCGUUGGAUCUAAUAAUGUGUCUCUUGAUUUAAAAGUCGAUACUGGUGCUCAGGCGAAUUUAUUAUCUGGAAGAAACUUGUCAAGUUUAGGAUUAGACAAAAAUAAUCUUUUAGAGUGUAAGGCCAGGCUGACAACAUAUACAGGUCAAGUAAUUAACUGUCUUGGAAAGUGUUCUUUGCCUAUUAAGUAUGAUGGCAAAAACUACACAUUAGAUUUCUAUGUAGUAGACUCAGAUAAAGCAAGCAACAUAUUAGGACUACAUUCAGCGAUUAAAAUGAAUUUAGUUAAUCCUUUAAAAAAUCAAAAUUUAAAAAUCAAUGAAAUUAAUACAUUAUCAGAGUAUAGGGAUUUAUUUGAAGGCUUAGGAUGUAUGAAAGAGGAAUAUGAUAUUAAACUAAAACAAAAUGCCACUCCAGUUGUUCAUGCGAGUAGACGAGUUCCAAUAGCAAUUCAACCAAUUUUAAAGAGAAAACUUGAUGAACUGGAGAAAAUAGGAGUGAUAUCUAAAGUAUCACAUCCUACAGAGUGGGUCAAUUCUUUAGUUAUUGUUCAUAAACCUAACGGAGAUUUGAGGUUGUGCUUAGACCCUAAGGACUUAAAUGAGGUUAUCAAAAGGCAACACUUAGAACUACCUACUCUUGAGGAGAUCACUAGUAAACUUUCAGGUGCUAAGUAUUUUAGCACUCUAGAUGUAAAAAAUGGAUUUUGGAAUAUAAAAUUAUCUGCAGCAAGCUCUGAUUUAUGUUGUUUUAAUACUCCGUUUGGAAGAUACAAAUUUCUAAGAAUGCCUUUUGGAAUUUGUAGUGCGUCUGAAGUUUAUCAACACCGAAUGCGUCAAAUACUAGAUGACUUAGAUGGGGUUGAUGUAUAUAUUGACGAUAUUUUAAUUUGGGGUAAAACGAAACAAGAACAUGAUAAACGUCUUAAAAAAGUAUUCGAUAGAUUGAGACAGGAGAAUGUAAAACUAAAUAAGGAUAAAUGUAAGAUUGACGUGCAGCAGUUAAAAUAUUUAGGACAUAUUAUAAGCAAGGAUGAACAACAUGAAAGAGUAUUUAAUGAGUUAAAAAAGAUACUAACUGAGAAACCCGUAUUACAAUUUUUUGAUGAAAAGUUACCGGUAGUUCUUUCCGUUGAUAGUUCUAAGGAUGGAUUAGGCGCUGUAUUAUUACAAAAUGGAUUACCAGUGGCUUAUGCAUCAAAAGCUUUAAGCGAAUGUCAGCAGCGCUACGCGCAGAUUGAAAAAGAGUUGUUGGCAAUUUUGUUUGGCUGUGAAAGAUUUCAUCAGUUCAUAUUUGGUAGACAUAUAACUAUUGAAACCGAUCACAAUCCAUUAAUAGGCAUAAUAAAAAAACCAUUGAAUUCCACUUCGCCACGUAUACAACGUAUGUUAAUCAAGUUGCAAAAAUAUGAAUUUAAUUUAGUCUAUAAGCGUGGCAAGGAAUUGUAUAUAGCAGACACUUUAUCUAGAUCAUUCGAUACGGAUGACAGUCUGCAAAUUGACCUAGAAGAGAGUAAUAUUGAGGCUAAUAUUAAUCUAGUGAUAGAAACAUUAAACAUAAGUAAAAAGCAAUUAAAUAAUGUUCAAAACUUUACGAGAAAUAAUGAAGAAAUGAAGUUAUUAAAGGAAUUUAUCCUUAAAGGUUGGCCAAGCCAUAAAAUCUCUGUACCGGAGAAAAUAAGAUCAUAUUGGCAUGUAAGAGACAGCUUGACAUAUAAGUCAAACUUGAUAUUCAAAGGCAAUUCUUUGGUAGUGCCGCCUGAAUUAAGAAAGGAGAUGUUACAUCGGGCGCAUUUUCCACAUUUAGGCAUAAGAAUUAGUCACAGAAUUAAUUAUUAUUCAAAAUAUCCAGAGAUUGCUGCGUUAAAAGAAAUAAAAAGUGAAGAUAUCAUUGAUAAGUUAAAACAAAUAUUUAGUAGACACGGCAUUCCACGAAAAAUAUUUAGUGACGGAGGGCCGCAGUUUUCCAGCAUGAGUUUUAAAGCGUUUGCUAAUCAAUACAACUUUGAGCAUAUUAUGUCUAGUCCAGAAUAUCCACAAUCAAAUGGCAUGGUAGAAAGAGAAAUACAGACCAUUAAAAAUUUGUUUAAAAAGGCUAUACAUGAGAAAAAAGACCCAUACCUAAUAUUAUUAGAAUUUCGUAAUACACCAAUUUCUAAUACAAUUGCAUCUCCUGCAGAAAACUUGUUUAAUAGGAAAAUAAGGGGUAUUGUUCCCAUUAAUCAGAAAUGUUUUUACCCAAAAGUCAACCGAAAUUUAAGAGAGAAAUUAAUAGAAAAGCAAAAUAAAGACAAAUAUUUUUAUAAUAGGAAUAAAAAAGAUCUAAGACCAAUAGAAACAGGAGAAGGCGUGUUAUUUAGGAUAGGGAGAUUUUGGAAGAAAGGAAUUAUUAAAGGAAAGACAAAUGAUAGGACGUACAAGAUAGCAAAUGAAAAUGGGAGGAUAUUUAUUAGAAAUAGGUUUCACAUAAAGCCUCUAAAUAUGAUUCCUUUUUACAUUCCCGAUGACGAAACUCAAGAAAGUGACGCAAUCCAACCAUCACAACAACAACCAUCAUCACCAUCAAGAUCCUACUAUACAACAUCAUAUGGUCGGGUAGUUAGACCUCCGGUCAGUCCUAAAGAUCGUUUGGGAUACGGACCAGUAGGCUACAUCUAUCGGCUAAGCUUCGGCCUUCCAGGAUUAAAGCUACCACCUGCAGUCGUUUCGAUGAUCUUGCCCGGCAUGCCAUACACAUUCGAAGGCCUUCGCCAUAUCGAGAAAGACCCCGACCGUGCACCGCCGGUUGUUCAGCUCACUCGUCAAGUGUCCGAUGACUCGCCAAGUUUGAACAUCGUCGAGUGGCUGUUGCGAAAGCCAAACUGUUCCUCGCUCAUGGGCAAGGUGUGGCGCAAGUCUCUAUAG